UUUUCUCAGUUCAUUUCUUCUAGUUUCUCUUGGUGUUUUCCAAACACUUCUCAGAUCUCUCUCUUACCAGACCAACGGUCAUAUUCUCAGUCCAUUUCUUCUCCUCAAUCAAUUUCUUUUCAUUGAUAACUUCCAAUUCUUUCAUAUAUAUAACCGUUUCUUAAACAGAUACCUCUCACAGUUCCAGUAACCGAAGAAAAAAAAUGUCUCUCAAAUUCUCAUUUUCUCUCCUUCUAUUUUCCCUAAUCUCCACCUUCUCUACAGCCCAAUUCGGUGGCACUGGCACUGCUCCGGGCAGCGUUGGCACUGCUCCCGGCGGUGUUGGCACUACUCCCGGGGGCGUUGGGUCUGCUCCUGGUGGAACUAGCGCUACUCCAGCCGGCGGAGGGGCGGCGGUUGAGUUGUGGUGCGUGGCGAAGAACAACGCAGAGGAUACUGCUCUUCAAUCGGCGCUUGAUUGGGCUUGUGGGCCUGGAGGUGCUAAUUGUGGGCCAAUUCAGCCCGGUGGACCCUGUUAUGACGCUAAAGAUAUCCAGAAAACGGCGUCGUUUGUGUUCAAUGAUUACUUCAUUAAGCAUGGUAUGACUGAAGAUGCCUGUAAUUUUGAUAACACUGCUGCUCUCAUUUCUAUAAAUCCAAGUCAUAAUGGAUGUAAAUUUCCAUCGAGCAAGAAUCCCAGUGGAAGUUUUAGUGGGUCGACGAAUGGGGGAUCAGGUCCAGCCUCAGAAGAUUUAAGUAGCGGCAGUUCUAUUCUCAGGAGGUGGAUGUAUAUCUUGAUGGCGAUCAAUUUGCUGUUUGCAAGUCUUCUUAUUUUCUGAUGACUCAAGAAUCUUAAGUCUCAUUCCCACUGUAUGUAGUAUGUAGCGUAAGCAAUUUUGUUGAGAGCUCAAAAGCUCCAGGUAUUUAAUGUUGGUUCCAUGGGCUCUCCAAAAUCGUAGGAGCCAGAAUCGAAGAAAUAUCCUUAAGAAAUGCAAUUGUCUCCUUGAUUGAUUUCCUA